AUGUCCGACAACAAACCAUCAUCUAAAAGAAAAAAGUCUGGAGCUGAAUUCAGAAAAGCAAAGAAAGCUAGGCAACAUGAGAAUAAGCAGCUUGGUUCCUUCAUGCUAAAGUACUUCCAAACGGAAGAUGGGAAGCGUGAGAAUAAAGAAAAAACUGUCCAGGAAAAAUUGGGUGAAUGCGGUGAAAGUGAAACCCCUGGAACCUCACAAAGCUCGAUAUUUCAAGUCGAACAAGUAUCUGGAGUGGAUUCACCAGACACAGAAAAAGAUUUGGAUGUGAUCGAUAAACAUAAACUAGAAGAGCAAGGCGAGGAAAGUCGAAAAAUAGAAGUUAAUCAAGAAUUCGGGAAAGAUCGGGAUGUCGAAGAGACAUUGCAAGAAAAAGAUAGUGAAGAUAGUGUCGAGGAACCAAGCCACUGUCAAGAGAAACAUCCAAAAACCAGGGAAUUUCUUUCGAAUCCAAAUAUCGUUGUUGAUGAAGUCAGUGGAACAUUGGAUCCUGCGUCACUUGUUGGCUUAAAGUUAAGCACAGAAGAGAAAGAACAAUUAAUAAAAAUGGAGCCUUGCCAACCAAGUCAGCAAAUAUUAAAAUUGAGAACGAAGCAGUUAGGAGAGCGUUCCAGAUAUUGUUCACAGCAAAUAUUUUUUCAUGAUGAUGACACAAGACGGAAAUGGAUUUCCUAUUCAUUGAGCACGGAUAGCCUAUUUUGUAUGCCUUGUCUUCUGUUCACAAAUGCAUUGUCACGGGGUGAGUUAGCACGCACGAGUCAAGGAAACGCCUUCACGUUUGCCGGAUUUUGCAACUGGAAGAAACAACACAGCGUUGUGAAAAACCACGAGAUGUCGGCAGCUCACGCAAAUGCUAAAGUUGCAGAGGUGCUUUUCUUGCAAGAGAAAACUAUAGCGUCAUGCCUGGAGCACCAAGAACAUGACGAAGCAGCACGAAGAAAGGUGGAAGUUACUGGCAAUCGGAAUAUAAUGACGCGAGUCGUAGAUACUAUAAUUCUUCUUGGGAAGCAAGGACUUGCAUUUAGAGGCCAUCGAGAAUCACUUGAAGCGAAGUGUUAA